UUCGGAGGCUUGGUGUCCGCCACGUCUGUUGAAAUGUCCUCGGGGAUGCCUUCGACUGAUGUUCUUUCGCUACUGCAGCUUCUUCUCCAAGCGCUCAAUUUCGCGUCCGUCAUUGCGUCUGGCUUGAUGAUAUGGAAAGGUCUUGGUCUCCUCACCAAUACUGAGUCCCCAUUGUCGUCGUUCUGAGUGGUUCGAUGGAGCCCGCGUUCUACCGCGGAGACUUGCUUUUCCUCACCAACCCGUCCCAUGAACGGUACCAGAACGGCGACAUUACGGUGUACAAGAUUCCGGGCGCAGACAUCCCAAUUGUCCAUCGGGUGUUAGAGACACAUGAUGCUGUAUUCAAAGGGACGUAUGCCGUAGAUAAGCAGCGAUUGUUGACCAAGGGCGACAACAACCAAGUCAACGACAUCGAGUUGUAUCGAGGAUUGGACUAUCUGGAGCGCAAGCAUAUUGUCGGCAAAGUACGAGGGUUCCUACCGUAUAUCGGAUAUGUGACCAUCGCAAUGGUGCGUCUUUCUCAAUUCUCUUGACUGCCUCUCAAUAUGACGCAGAAUGACUUCCCUCAACUCAAAU